CUCCAAAGCCCACUGCCAGUUCUCUUCGUGGACUAACUGUAACGGAGAGACUAAAGAUGAUUCCUUUCUUACCCAUAUUUUCUCUACUCUUGCUGGUUGUUGUUAACUCUGCAAAUGCCAAUGGCCAUUAUGACAAGAUCUUGGCUCAUAGCCGAAUCAGGGGCCGGGAUCAGGGCCCAAAUGUCUGUGCCCUUCAACAGAUUUUAGGCACCAAAAAGAAAUACUUCAGCACUUGUAGGAACUGGUACCAAGGUGCCAUCUGUGGAAAGAAAACGACAGUGUUAUAUGAAUGUUGCCCUGGUUAUAUGAGGAUGGAAGGAAUGAAAGGCUGCCCAGCAGUUAUGCCUAUUGACCAUGUUUACGGCACUCUGGGCAUCGUGGGAGCCACCACAACACAACGCUAUUCUGAUGUCUCAAGACUGAGGGAAGAGAUUGAAGGAAAGGGAUCAUUUACUUAUUUUGCACCGAGUAAUGAGGCUUGGGACAACUUGGAUUCUGAUAUCCGUAGAGGUUUGGAGAGCAAUGUAAAUGUUGAAUUAUUGAAUGCUUUACAUAGCCACAUGGUUAAUAACAGAAUGUUGACCAAGGACUUAAAAAAUGGCAUGAUUAUUCCCUCAAUGUAUAACAAUUUGGGACUUUUCAUUAACCAUUAUCCUAAUGGGGUUGUCACUGUUAACUGCGCUCGAAUCAUCCAUGGGAACCAGAUUGCAACAAAUGGUGUUGUACAUGUCAUUGAUCGUGUCCUUACACAAAUUGGUACCUCAAUUCAAGACUUCAUUGAAGCAGAAGAUGAACUCUCAUCUUUUAGAGCAGCUGCUAUCACAUCUGAUAUUCUGGAGGCCCUUGGAAGAGAUGGUCACUUCACUCUCUUUGCUCCCACCAAUGAGGCUUUUGAGAAGCUUCCACGAGGCGUCCUAGAAAGGAUCAUGGGAGACAAAGUGGCUUCUGAAGCCCUCAUGAAGUACCACCUUUUGAACACCCUCCAGUGUUCUGAGGCAAUUAUGGGAGGAGCAGUCUUUGAGACUCUGGAAGGAAACACCAUUGAGAUAGGAUGUGACGGUGACAGUAUAACAGUAAAUGGAAUCAAAAUGGUGAACAAAAAAGAUAUCGUGACAAAUAAUGGUGUUAUCCAUUUGAUUGAUCAGGUCCUAAUUCCUGAUUCUGCUAAACAAGUUAUUGAGCUGGCUGGAAAUCAGCAAACCACUUUCACAGACCUCGUGGCCCAACUAGGCUUGGCAUCUGCUUUGCGGCCAGAUGGAGAAUAUACUUUGCUGGCCCCUGUGAAUAAUGCGUUUUCAGAUGAUACUCUGAGCAUGGAUCAGCGGCUUCUUAAAUUAAUUCUGCAGAAUCACAUACUGAAAGUAAAAGUUGGGCUUAAUGAGCUUUACAAUGGACAAAAACUUGAAACCAUUGGAGGCAAACAGCUCAGAGUCUUUGUCUAUCGAACAGCUGUCUGCAUUGAAAAUUCAUGCAUGGUGAGAGGAAGCAAACAAGGAAGAAAUGGUGCCAUUCACAUAUUCCGAGAGAUCAUCAAACCAGCAGAGAAAUCCCUCCAUGAAAAACUAAAACAAGAUAAACGCUUUAGCAUUUUCCUCAGCCUACUUGAAGCCGCAGACCUGAAAGAGCUCCUGACACAACCUGGGGAUUGGACCUUAUUUGUCCCAACCAAUGAUGCCUUUAAGGGAAUGACAAAUGAAGAAAAAGAAAUUCUGAUUCGAGACAAAAAUGCUCUUCAAAACAUCAUCCUUUAUCACCUGACACCAGGAGUUUUCAUUGGAAAGGGAUUCGAACCUGGUGUUACUAACAUUCUGAAGACCACACAAGGAAGCAAAAUCUAUCUGAAAGGAGUAAAUGAUACACUUCUGGUGAAUGAAGUGAAAUCAAAAGAAUCUGACAUCAUGACAACGAAUGGUGUCAUUCAUGUUGUAGAUAAACUCCUCUACCCAGCAGACACACCUGUUGGAAAUGAUCAGCUACUGGAAAUCCUUAAUAAACUGAUCAAAUACAUCCAGAUUAAGUUUGUUCGUGGUAGCACCUUCAAAGAAAUCCCCAUGACUGUCUACACAACUAAAAUUAUAACCAAAGUUGUGGAACCAAAAAUUAAAGUGAUUGAAGGCAGUCUUCAGCCUAUUAUCAAAACUGAAGGACCCACAAUAACAAAGGUCAAAAUUGAAGGUGAACCUGAGCUCAGACUGAUUAAAGAAGGUGAAACAGUAACUGAAGUGAUCCAUGGAGAGCCAAUUAUUAAAAAAUACACUAAAAUCAUUGAUGGAGUGCCUGUGGAAAUAACCGAAAAAGAGACAAGAGAAGAACGAAUCAUUACAGGUCCUGAAAUAAAAUACACUAGGAUUUCCACUGGUGGUGGAGAAACCGAAGAAACACUGAAGAAAUUAUUGCAGGAAGAGGUCACCAAGGUCACCAAAUUCAUUGAAGGAGGUGAUGGUCAUUUAUUUGAAGAUGAAGAAAUUAAAAGACUGCUUCAGGGAGACACACCUGUGAGGAAGAUACAAGCCAACAAAAGAGUUCAAGGAUCUAGAAGACGAUCCAGAGAAGGUCGUUCUCAGUGAAAAUCCAGCAACCAGACAGCAAAGUUUAUACCACCCUAAAUCAAUAACCUGAUGCUAAGCGAAAACUAUGAGAGCCACACUGACUUCAGGAAAAGAAACACCAGCACAAAAAAAGCAAACACAGAAAAAUUCUGAAUACAAAUUUCAUCUUUUUUUUCUCUGAAUGAGAAACAUGAAGGAAAUUGUGGGGGUUAGUCUGCUGUGGGAUAGGAACUGAAGGAAAUAGAACACCUUACAUACAGGCUUUUACAUAUUGACAUUAAAAAUUCUAGCUAACUUUGGAAUCCAUCAAAGAAGAUUCUUGUCACCUGAGUUAUCAAAAUUCAAGUCUCACAUUCCAUUGAGAAGAUUAAGCCUUGAAUCUAAGAGAUAGAUAAAAUGUAUGCAAGCAGGUACCUCUCCAUGGGAAGCUAAGCUAUAAAACUGGGUGCUCAGUACUAAAAAAACAAGCAAACAAAACGUUUAUGUCAAAAAACUUCACACAUUUCUAAUACAAUGUGGGAUUACCAGUAAAUUAUGUUAUUUCUACAACUAAUUUUGUACUCUUGAAAUGUUUGCCAUAUGCUUUUUUCAAUACAUAUUUUUAUCUCAAAUUUUCAAUAAAACAAUUUUUUCAGUUAUAAAAAGAAUGACUUCAAAUUGGGUGAUCAGAAAACUCAAGGUUUAAAUUAAUAAGUGGUUUGGACUUGGGAACAAGACUUUAUACCUCUUUUUUUAUUACAAAUACUCAAUAAAGGAAAUUGAAUGAA